UUUACUAAUUCGUUUAGGUUUACGCAAUUUUUGUUAUGAUCACAAAUAUUAUUGAUCCCAACAUAUAAAAUAAAUUCAAUAAUUAUAAAAUUUAUAACCGUUCGAACGGCAGAUGGCGUCGCGUCGCACGCGUUAGUCGCAAUUGAAUUAUUAAUUAUUGUAAUAUUUUAAUUAAAAUGCAAAUUAAUUUCGUCGAAAUAUGUGGCGAUCGUGGCGUCGCGUCAAAUGUGCGUUGCGUUUAAAAUUCGCGGUUUCCUUUAAAUAAAUUACGCAUGCGAAUUGUUUGGGGUCUAAAUAGUGUGUCAGUGUCAAUUUGCUUUGCUACAGGACUGUGUGUAGUCAUGGCGAAUCCGAGGAAAUUUAGUGAAAAAAUAGCCCUGCACAAUCACAGGCAGGCCGAGGAGACGGCCGAAUUCGAGAAAGUCAUGAAGGAAGUGAUGGAAGUCAAGGACGAGCAAUCUAUAUCGGGUAGAUUACCAGCGAGCAGAGUAGAAGGAAGAAGCAGGGCGAGAUCUCAAGGGGGACCUAUGAGGAGACCUCACGACCGACGUUUGGACACAUCUCCUUACUACCUAAGUCCACCGACCGAUACAGGAUGGAGGCGUACGAAUAGCGAUUCCGCUUUGCACCAGAGCACAAUGCAGGGUAUGAUGAUGGACAAAACGAACGAGUGCUCGAACAGAACGUGGAACAUGCCCAACAUGAACGGACCAGUAAGGAACCACCAAGAUCGAAGACCGAGAUCCAGUUGCGACAUACCGUCGUCGACUCGAACGGCCGGAAUCAACAUCCAUCCGUCGGGCCACGAUCCGAAUUUGGUCCAGCUACCGAUAGCGAAUACGGGCUCAUUGCCCGAUUUGACGAACGUCGAUUUCCCGUCGCCGAUUCACGCACCGCUCGAUCAAGAACACGAAAGCUCUCCCUUUAGCUCUUUUUUCCAGAAUAUCCGUUUAGAUAAUAAAAACGUAGUGAAUAUGGUGGACUCGUCGAAUUACACGCAGUUACCCGGCUUGAGCGGCAUGUACCAUCACCAUCACCAUCAUCCGCAUCACCAGCCGAACCAACCUUCUACAUCACCAUCGCCUACGUUACAACAGACUGGUGGCUAUAGAAGUCCGAGGCCGAGUCCUCAGUCGUCGCCGAGCCCUGGCAGGCACUCGGCUCCGUGCAGUCCGGGCGCACAAAGUCCAUUACCUAACGAAUAUUACCUGCUGAACCAGCAGACCCAUCAUCAGUUCCAGCAGGAUUUCGAACAAUUAUCGAUGCUGGACACCCCGAACAGCAUGUCCUACAUGGACCAAUCGACCGGCGCUCAGCAGGCGAAACAGCAGCACCAAACGACGAAUAUACCGAACACGAGCCCGAUCAACAGCCUCGAAUUGAGCACGGACGCCGGCUACUACAGCACCUCGCCGCACGUCUAUCCGUCGACGUCGCCCGGCCUGCGAACCACCACCCCCAAUACUCCCACGAGCCUGCCGGAAAUCAUACUCACAGAUUUUUCGGGCGAAGACGGAUCGCGGCAGCUGUCGUCGGACUUCUUCGCCGAGGAGUCGCUGAGAGCGGGCCUGGGGCAGCUGGACUUCGAGGAGAUCCAAAUGUUGAAUUCAUCGAUAGGCAUAUCCGAAAUAGUCGAAGAUAAUUUUAGGUUAGACCAUCGUUCAUAAUGCGAAUACAGAAUCCACUGCCGAGUCGGAGCCGUUCGUGGUGCAGUAACCGGAGGAUUUUUUGAAAUUUAACGCCCAAACGAUUUUAAGAAUUUUUAUCAUUGUGAAACCGUGCUAUGUGUGAUUAUCGAGGUUUUCUUUUCGAUGGCAAACCAAAAAUAUUCGUGUAAAUAAUAGGCGUCAAUGUUGUUGCAAGCGAUCUUACUACUGUUUCAACUCUUCACGUGUAUGCACGUGUAUUUUGCUCAAUUUUGUAUAUUUUUAGCUCCAAGCGGAUAUCUUCGUUUCUGAUGCGUACCUUAUUGUUAAAAUUCUUCAUUUUAAAUGGUUACGUUUUUUUUAAUGAAUUUUUAAUUUUAUGGAAAUAUUUAAAUUUUAUUACGAACGCUUUCAAGUUAUUUUAAAUAAUAAAAUAGGUUUUUUUAUUGAAUAGCGCCUAUGCAUAUUCUUGAUUUUUAAAUGAGUCUAUAUUGUUACGUUUGUAAAAAAUAGGUUUUUUAUCGAUAGUUGUAUAAUGCAUGUAAUUAACUGUUAAGUUACUAUUAAAUUUUAUAUAUUUGUGUUAAAGUGAUAUUUAUAGACAAAUAUUCGAUUUAUUAGGUAGUUCCCUAUUAGUUAGAUCAUUUUUUUAUAUUUUAUAAGUGGAAUUGAAAACGUUGAUAAAAUAGGACGAAACAGGCUCCCUUUUUUUACCCAAAUUAAUGGGCAGAUUUUAUCUCAAUUGUUAAGUUUUUAAAUCAAGUAUUUAUGAGACCCCUUAACGACUCAUUUUUAUUAUUUAUUGUUAAAACUCGUAAAGGUGAAAAGCUAUAGUAUCUCAAACAAUUACCCAUUUAAAAUCCGUACUGAAUUUAAUCUAUUAAACUUACUAUUUUUUUACGUUGUUUUUAAGUAAAUGCACAAAUUUUUCUAUUUUUCUAUCGCUUGCAAUGGCAGUGAUAUGAAGCAUUACUUCAGAACAAUUAUAUUCAAGACUGAUUUGCAGUCUUCAGUUGACUGUUACAAACGAAUUUUUGGAAAUUCCAAAAUAAAAAAUAUACCUAUACUUAAAAAAAUGUCAAAAAAAUAUUCAUGUCAAAUUGUUCAAUUAGAUUCUAAGAUUUAUAUAGUUAAUCAUAUAUUUUAUAAAAACGAUUUCUCGUUAACCACAUUUGUAAAAUUUCAUGGCGCUAUAGGUUUUUGCAUGAGGUGUUUGUAAAUAUAGUUGUGUAUCUUUUUUUAUUUUUCUUUGUAAUAAAAUAGUCCGUAAAUUAAGGUUCUUUUUUCAAAAUAAUAAACAUAUUGUAAAUGGAAGUUUUAGUUUCAUCUACGUUCCUUCAAAAAAAUAAACAAAAUUUAUUAGUAAUUAAAAUUUUUAAUACUAUUAAGUGCAUUUUAUAUGGGCAAUAAACCAACUAUUGUAUUUGAUUCGUGUUUAUCACAAAUAUAACAGUCUCUUUUUCGGUUAAUAAUAAUAUAAACUGUUAUAAAAUUCUUAAACGCUCAAUAAUUUGAGGAAUGUAAAUUCUAAACUUGCUAACUGUUGAGACCAAUAUCACACAUUAUAAAAUAUAAAACUUAUAAAAAACGCUUUUAGCAUGUUUUGCAAUUUUUUUCAUCAAUUUUGUUUCUCGUUCUUUUGCCGAUUUAAAACUAAAAGCUCAAGUUCAAAUACAGGGUGCCCAAUGAAAAUUAGCCCCUUUAAUGAGCUAAUAAUUUUUAAAGGGACACAAUAUAUUGCUUUAUAAACUUGCGACAGUGCACGUGAAUUACAUUAGAAAAGGCCACAGUUUAAAAAGUUUAGUGAAACAUUUGCAACUUUAGUUUUUAGUUUUACUGGUUAUCAUAAUUCUCUUCAUCCAUAUGAAGCAUCAUUUUAUGCGAUUACCUCCCGUUAUCGGCCAAAUUUGGUUGUUUAGUCCUGGAAGAACAGAAAAUUAACCGUUAAAUUUGUAACCUGCAGGUUGUAAUAUCAUGAAAUGAUCCAUCCCAAGGUCGAUGGUUAAAUUCUUAUAAAUUCUUCUUGCUAUUCGUAGGUCCCUCUUCAUCGGUUCGGGCCACCUGCAAAAAUAUAUCUUCCAAAGAAGCCUCGCUGAUGGCGUAAUCUUCAAUCAAAUGCGGAUUGUUCGCUUUGAUCUCCUCCACCUCUUUGAAGAUCUUGCUCCAUUUCUUAUUCUUCUCUUUUAUGUAAAAGUGCAACAAACCCUACAAUUCAUACAAUAAGAUCAACCUCGCUGCACCGCCACAAUUUACUCACGGAAUGCCGAUCUUUGAUCUCUCCCCGAUUGUCUUUGGUAAAAUGCGCUAUCAACUCUUCGAUGUUGUUGAACCUGUUCGUCGCAGACCCGUGACAAUUCCCGUCCACCUCGUCCACGUCUUCGUUAGAAUUGCUGCACAAUUUGAACUUCAACGAAAACCCUUCGUGGCUGUUCUUCAAAUCCGCCAAAUUUCCUUCCUUGACGAACUUUCCCUUCUUCAUUAUUUUCAAACUACGCAAACAAAACGACAUAUAGAGAAAGGCGCGAAGUCGCCCGAUAACUUACUCGUUGCAGAGCGCCUCGCAUUCGGUCAUGCUGUGCGACGUCAGUAUGAACGCCAGGUGCUUCUGGACCUGCAUCUGCUUGAUGAACUCCCAGCACUUUCGGCGCGAUCGAGGAUCCACCCCGUUGGUCGGUUCGUCCAGCAGCACGAUCUUGCGCAGGCCGAUCAGCGACACGGCCAGGCUGAGCUUCCUCUUGUUGCCGCCGCUGUAAUGGCCGCACGGAACGUCCGC